AUGGCGGCCAUCAGGGAACAGCAGGAGCGUGUCAUGGCUUUUGCCUUUGAGAACGCACCACUCGGCUUCGACAUCACUGAGUCCGCCGACAUCACUGGAUCCGCUCAUCAAGAGCUAACCGAGUUGGUCAAGAAGAUCUACAAGCCUCCUGACUCGCAUGGUAUCAAUCUGUUAGACGCAGGACUCUCUUUCCGCAUAGAGCGAGUUCGAAAAACAUGGUACUGGAGGCAAAUAUUAUCGAUGGGAGAAAUGCACGAGUAUCUUGAUGGGGUUGUGCACCGCCAUACGAACGCCUGCAAGAACUUUCAGUCUCCUUCCCUGGCGAUAUUGCAGAUAAACCCCUUCCUACUACCUGAAACCGUACGUGUCACGGUGGGUGACAUGAUUCGUAAUGCUGUCACGCUGCUAGAAGACCUCAAAAUCGAUGACAAGUUCACGCUUGAGCAGAACGUCAACAUACUCUGGAUUAGCGUGUUGACGAUGGAGAUGAUUGCGCGGUUGCGGGGUGUACUACAGCAACGUCUUGUUAUGAAAGCUAUUGCGGAAAAGAUGCACAAAGUGCAAAAGAUAUACCUUAUCUAA